UUCGAAUUUUUGAUCACCUCUAUGACAGUCACUCUUCAUCGCCAUUCGCCCAAUGUCAUCACCCAAAUCCUCCUCAUUUCCUAAACAAACAUUGUCAAAUGUCCCAAAUCUAAAAAAAAAAAAAAAAAAAAAAAAAAAAAAAACUCUCAGAAAUGCAAAUGCACAUACUAAUAACAAUCCACUCUCUUUCUCCAUAAACAAACACAAACAUCUUCUCUCUUCUUCUCUUCUCCUCCUCCCGAUCUAAAUCUCUUUCUCCAUUUCUUCCCACUCUUCUUAAUUUCCCCCAAUUUGAUUGAUUUCUUUACCCUUAAACCCUAACCCUACCCCCAAUUUUUCACUCUUUCCGCGCUAAUCGAUCGACAAUGGCGUGCAUCAAGAGCGUCAAUAGAUCGGCAUCGGUGGCGAUGUCGCCGGAUUCGCCGUACUUUUCUGCCGGAACAAUGGCGGGUGCUGUCGAUCUGUCUUUUAGCACCUCCUCUAACCUCGAGAUUUUCAAGCUCGAUUUCAACUCCGAUGAUCAUGAUAUUCCUAUGGUGGCGCAAUCCCCUAGCUCUGAGAGGUUUAAUCGCCUUUCUUGGGGGAAAAAUGGAUCUAAUUCCGAAGAGUAUUCUAUGGGUUUGAUUGCUGGUGGUCUCAUUGAUGGGACUAUUGGUCUUUGGAAUCCUCUUCCUUUGAUUAGCUCUGAAGCAAGUGGUAAUGCAGUUGUUGGACAGUUGACACAGCAUACAGGGCCUGUUCGCGGUUUGGAAUUUAGUGCGCUUCAGCCAAACCUACUUGCUUCUGGAGCCGAUGAUGGCGAAAUUUGCAUAUGGGAUUUGGCAUCACCAAAUGAGCCUCGACACCCCCCUCCUCUUAAGGGUACUGGUUCAGCUUCGCAAAAUGAAAUAUCUUACUUAUCUUGGAAUGUCAAGGUGCCAAUUAUCCUGGCUUCUACUUCAUACAAUGGGCUAACUGUUAUUUGGGACUUGAGGAAGCAGAAGUCAGUUAUCAGUUUUUAUUCAGAUUCAAACCGAAGGCGCUCCUCUGUUUUGCAGUGGCAUCCUGAAAUAGCAACUCAGCUUGUUGUUGCGUCAGAUGAUGAUAGCUCACCUUCUCUUAAGCUUUGGGAUAUGAGGAAUACUAUGUCACCUGUGAGAGAGUUUGUAGGGCACACAAAAGGUGUAAUUUCAAUGGCAUGGUCCCCCAGCGACAGCACCUACUUGCUUACAUGUGCCAAGGAUAACCGUACAAUUUGUUGGGAUACUGUUACUGGAGAGAUAGUCUGUGAAUUGCCUGCUAGCACUAACUGGAAUUUUGAUGUACACUGGUACCCAAAGAUACCAGGGGUCAUAUCAGCGUCUUCGUUUGAUGGAAAAAUUGGGUUGUACAAUAUUGAGGCUUGCAAUCGUUACGGGGUUUCAGAAACUGAUUUUGGUGCUGCACCCUUGAGAGCUCCAAAAUGGUAUAAACGACCAGUUGGUGUUUCUUUUGGUUUUGGAGGAAAGCUCGUUUCAUUUCAUCCGAAAGCAGCACCUGCUGGUGCACCAGGAGGAUCUUCGGAGGUUUAUGUCCAUAAUGUGGUAACUGAAGAUAGUUUGGUGAGUCGUUCAUCUGAAUUUGAAGCUGCCAUCCAAAAGGGAGAAAGAUCUUCUCUGAGAGCUUUAUGUGAAAAGAAAUCACAAGAGUCUGAGUCUGAAGAUGAUAGGGAAACUUGGGGCUUUUUGAAAGUUAUGUUUGAAGAUGAUGGAUCAGCACGAUCAAAGCUUCUUGCACAUCUAGGUUUCAGCAUGCCAGAGGAUGUGAAAGAGACUGUUCAAGAUGAAUUAUCUCAGCAAGUCAAUGCCCUUGGGCUUGAAGACAAUGGUGCAGAUAAAGAGGGCUUUGUAACUGAGAAGGAAUCUGCUCCUUUCUCUUUUGACACCGGGGAAGACUUUUUUAAUAAUCUUCCUAGCCCGAAAGCUGAAACUCCAGUAUCAAGUGCUAGCAACAACUUUGUUAGUGAAGCUGUACCAAGUGAGGCAAGUGAGGAGCCGAAACAGGCAGAAUCUGAUGUACUUGAAGAGAGUACUGAUCCAGCAUUUGAUGAUGCAGUUCAGCGUGCCUUGGUAGUUGGAGACUACAAGGAGGCAGUUGCUUUAUGUAUAUCUGCAAACAAAAUGGCUGAUGCCCUUGUGAUUGCUCAUGUUGGCAGUGCCUCUUUGUGGGAAAGUACUCGUGAUCAGUACCUGAAGACUAGUCGCUUGCCUUAUCUCAAGGUUGUUUCUGCAAUGGUUAAUCAUGACCUCAUGAGCCUUGUGAACACUAGACCUUUGAAAUCAUGGAAGGAGACAUUGGCUCUUAUUUGCUCUUUUGCACAAGGUGAGGAGUGGACAACGCUAUGUGACACACUUGCCUCAAAACUCUUUGUUGCUGGGAACACAUUGGCUGCAACUCUUUGUUAUAUCUGUGCUGGAAACAUCGACAAAACUGUGGAGAUAUGGUCGCAUUGUCUAUCAGUAGAGCCCGAGGGAAAGCCGUAUGUUGAUCGUCUACAGGAUCUAAUGGAAAAGACAAUAGUUUUUGCCUUAGCCUCUGGACAAAAGCGAUUCAGUUCAUUCUUGUGCAAACUGGUUGAAAAAUAUGCUGAAAUUUUGGCCAGUCAAGGGCAAUUAUCUACCGCAAUGGAGUUCUUGAAGCUUUUGGGGGAAGAUAUAUCUCCUGAGCUUGUCAUCUUGAGAGACUGCAUUGCAUUAUCUUCACAACCAGAGAAAGAAGCAGAAAAGGUUAUGACUAAUGAGAAUCCACAAGUGUCCUCAGGAGCUGUGUAUGGUGCUGAUCCUGGCAGUUAUGGUAUUAACAGUUCUCAACAAUAUUACCAGGAUACUGCUACAGCUCAUGUCCAGCCUAGUGCUGGUCCUGGUCAUUAUGGUGGGAACUAUCAGCAGCCUUAUCAAUAUGAUAGAAGCUAUGCACCCCAAGCAUCUUAUCAGCCAACAACACAACCCAAUCUUUUUGUUCCGUCUCAAUUGCCACAAGUUCCUCAGCCAAACUUUCCUCCCCCCGUCAGUGCUCAACCUGCUGUGAGACCAUUUUUCCCAGCUCCUGCCCCAGCCUUGAGAAAUGCAGAGCAAUAUCAACAGCCUCCAACAUUGGGUUCUCAGCUUUAUCCAGGAUCUUCUACAAACUCCAGCUAUCAAUCUGGACCAACAGGACCUGGUUCAAUGGCUUCUAUUCCACCUCCCAUGGGAGGUAUCCCUGGUCCAAGGAUGCCUCAGGUUGUGGCUCCUACCUCAAACCCAAGGGGGUUUAUGCCAGUGAACAGCCCUACUGCUGUCCCUCAUAGACCUGGGAUGGGUUCAACACAACCAUCAAGUCCUAGUCAGUCUGCACCUGCACAGACUGCUGUUGAACCUCCAGCUCCCCCACCAACAGUUCAAACUGUAGAUACUUCAAAUGUCCCUGCUCUCCAGAAGCCUGUUAUUACUACAUUGACAAGGUUAUUCAACGAGACAUCAGAAGCGCUUGGUGGUGCUCGUGCAGUCCCUGCCAAGAAGCGGGAAAUAGAAGAUAAUUCAAGGAAGUUGGGUGCUUUGUUUGCAAAGCUCAACACUGGAGACAUAUCUCAGAAUGCUGCUGAGAAGCUUGUUCAACUCUGCCAGGCUUUAGAUAAUGGUGAUUAUAGCACUGCUUUACAGAUCCAGGUACUCCUUACUACAAGUGAAUGGGAUGAAUGCAGCCUAUGGCUAGGGAAUCUAAAGAGAAUGAUUAAGACUAGGCAGAGUGUGAGAUCAUGAGUUAGAACAGCGGAAUCAGAAUCUUGUCUAUGUUUGGAAAGUUUACGUUGUGGGACUGAUUUUUCCCUCCAUGUAUACAAGCAUUCGUUUUUUCCUGGGUUGGGAUAUAAGAGUCUUUUUGUUACUUUUUUCAAUAUAUCAUAGGUCUUAAACAAAGCCCUUCGACUGUCUUCUCAGUGGUGUAUUAAUUUUUCUAUUUUAGUUUUUUUGGCUUGAGGCAGGUAGAAAGGUAGAUAUCAGGACAUCAUCAGUACAUUUCUUUAGAUUGAUUUACCCUCCAAAAACUUUUGUAGCAUUAUGACUUCAGGUUUCAUCAAAAUAUUAUAUUAUUGAUUUCUUUUUCUUUUUACCUA